CCAUCUUGAAUUUAGUAUUGUGCCAGUCGGGGGGGCGGUGACAUACUUUACCCGUCAUCGUCCUACAUAUUAUUUUAGUGGAUUUGUUAAAAGGCAAAAUAAGUGAUUAAUAGUGUAAAUAAUUAGUUUAUGUCAGGUCUGAACGUGAAGAUGGCGGGGCAAACAAUUAACGACAGGCUUUUAGCCGCUCGACACAGCAUCGCUGGGCAGGGACUAGCAAAAUCCGUUUGUAAAGCCACUACUGAAGAAAUGAUUGCUCCUAAAAAGAAACAUUUAGACUAUCUCGUCCACUGCACAAACGAGCCUAAUGUGUCCAUACCGCAGCUGGCCAAUCUACUGGUGGAGCGUACUCAGAACACCAACUGGGUAGUGGUGUACAAAGCCUUGCUGACUGUGCAUCAUUUACUAGCAUAUGGCAAUGAGAGAUUCACACAAUACCUGGCGUCGAGUAAUUCAACGUUUCAACUAAGUAAUUUCUUAGAUAAAAGCGGGGUGCAAGGCGCGGCCGGUGCGAGGAUCGGCGGCUAUGACAUGUCUCCGUUCAUCCGGCGCUACGCCAAGUACCUGAACGAGAAGGCUUUGUCGUACAGAACUGUUGCCUUCGACUUCUGCAAAGUAAAGAGGGGCAAGGAGGAGGGCUCCCUGCGUAUGAUGAACGCGGAGAAGCUGCUGAAGACGCUGCCAGUUCUGCAGGCGCAGCUGGACGCUCUGCUCGAAUUCGACUGUACCGCCAACGACCUCACCAACGGCGUCAUCAACAUGUGCUUUAUGCUACUCUUCAGAGACCUCAUCAGAUUAUUCGCAUGUUACAAUGAUGGUAUUAUCAAUCUUCUGGAGAAAUAUUUCGAUAUGAAUAAGAAGAAUUGCCGCGAUGCUCUCGACUUGUAUAAGAAGUUCCUCAUCAGGAUGGAUAGAGUCGGUGAAUUCUUAAAAGUGGCAGAGAAUGUUGGUAUAGACAAGGGGGAUAUCCCGGACCUGACCAAGGCUCCCAGCAGCUUACUGGAUGCACUGGAAGGUCAUCUCGCCUCGCUGGAGGGCAAGAAGGGAUCUGCUGCCAACACGCCCACACAGACAGCCAGCGCUCAGAAGAACGUAGCGAGUGUGAUGGGUGCACUUUCGUCUACGUCUUCAUCAUUCGGUCACGCGGCGGCGUCUUCUCGUCUCGACAACAAUGGCGCACUCCUCAUUGAUGACUCUCUGAGGCAGCAGGCCCUCGCUGAGGAGGAGGCUGCCAUGACACAGUACAAGGUGCAUUUAUUGCAAGGCGAUGAGUUGACAGGUGACGAAGACUUGUCAGUUAUAAUAAAUAAGGUUCAAUCGCCAACCAACUCCGCUGCGAACAAUCCAUUCCUCUCGACUUCGACACCUCAGAACCAAAACCAGAAUCAAAAUCAAUCCAUAGUGGAUCUGUUCGGGCCAACUCCGGCGGAUACUGUUAGCACUAACAGUAAAGCGUCAGAUGAUCUCUUGUCUCUCGGCAAUCCAUUCGCUGAUAUGUUUGGUGCGCCGGCCGCGCCCGUCACCGCGCCCACCUCCGCGCAGGGCCCCGCCCCCGGCACGCAGGGCCCCGCCCCCGGCACGCAGGGCCCCGCCCCUCUGUGGGGCUCCAACGGGUUCGCCUCGUUCCCGCCAGGGCCCCCCAACUCUCAGCCGCAGACCAACAACACAUUUGUGUCGGAAGCUAACUUCUCUAACGUAUUCAAUAACACCACAGAUUCUGCAGCUGCGAACCCGUUCAUGGGUAUGGGAGACCCGACGCAGCCGAUGACGGCGUCCCCCGCGAGGCCCCCACCCCCGAACCCCCCACAGCCAAAGUCCGCAUUCGACGAGCUGGAGGAUGUGAUGCGGAUGUCGCUGGGCGGCUCCCCCGCGCGUCAGCCCCAGCCCCAACCCAUCACUCAGCAGCCGCUGGCGCAGACCUUCGACAUGCCGGUGUCCAUGCCGCAGCCCAUGAUGUUCGGUUCUCCGGCACGACAGCCCAUGAUGCCGAUGGCUAUGGGCCAACAACAACAGCAGCCGGGUAAAGUGCUGACUGGAGAUCUGGACUCUUCUCUCGCACAACUGGCCAACAAUCUCACCAUCAAUAAAACAGCAACAGCCCAAAAGCCGAUGCAGUGGUCGUCGCCGAAGAACGCAUCCAAACCGGGCUGGAGCCCGCAGCCGAUGCAGGCCACCACCGGCGCUGGCUACAGGCCCAUGGGCCCCGGCAUGGCAUUGCCACCAAUGCCACACACACUGCCCCAUACAUACCAUCCCCCGCAUUAUGUUAUGCAACAACCGGGCAUGGUAAUGGGCAUGGGUCCAGGAAUGAUGGGCGCCAUGCCACCCAUGCGCCCAGCCAUGCCCACACAACAAACCAACCAAUUCAGCUAAACCCGACAUUUUUUAUAUUGUGUUUGUCUUAACUUUAGAACUUCAUCGGGAUCAUUUAGACCCGCCAGAUGGAAAGAGUUACAUCUUAUGAGAUCAACAGAAGUAACUGUUUACGUCGGAUGGUUUCUUGCUUUUUAAUUGUUUUGGUAUUAAAUUUUACAUUUAUAAAACAUUAUUUUUAAAUGUUAUCAAU